CCUGUUUUAACACUAAACAUUUAUCAAAAGGUUCGCCGUUCAUUUAACCUUUAAUAAAACGACCACCAAGCAUAGAACAUAGCUCGAAUCAUUUUACUUAACUAAUACGAUCUAUAAGAGAUGAUUACUGUAUAUAUAAUAGAAGCUUAGCAAAUAAUUGGUAUAAUCGUUUAGAAUUUAGUUAUCAGCGGAUAAUUUGAUGUAUCUAGGGGGUCUGGAGAUAAUUGUACUGAUCAUGUGUUCAAAUUAUUUGGUUUUGUUACCGAAUAAGUGCAUCUUCUUUAAUAUUGCAAAUUCUUAGUCUAUUUUAAGAAAUAAUUAGAAUAUUAUGAUCAUGUUGGAUAUUGUCUGCAAGUACAGCUAUCAAGUUUCAACUAAUUAUUUCGGUGAUGUUGUACAGUUGAUAAGCGAACACACACUGACUACGUAGCUUUUGGCUUUUGCAGACACUAAUUCAUUGCCUAGUUAUGCUGCAUAUACUAUAAAUAAUUAUUUCUAUUUUCUUCUUGUAAUUUCAUAUAACAUAGUUUUUUGCUCACUUUAGAAAUUGAGAGAUUGAUUCGUACGUAGUGUUUGUGGGUCAUAGUAGUUAUUGGUGUUUGAUAGCAAUUAUAAAAAAUUACAGUUUUGUGCUGCUUCAAACUUUUCAAAUCAAAAUUGUUUUCUGAAUAUUUACAAUUACAUGUUUAUACAAAUUCUCGCAUUCACAACCACAUCUGCCUUUAAAUUAGUCAAAUCUUAAAAGUAUAUUCAUCCAUCUAUUUUGAUCUAACUUCAACCUGUUUAAUUAAGAAAGCUAGAGUGCUGAUCAACAAAUAUAGUUUCUGAAAAGACUUAAUCAAUUACAGAAAAAGACUUAAUCAAAGUGGUCACUGCAACUAGGGCGAAUUAGUUUUAUGUAUUUUUCUAUUAUUAAUAAUCAAAAUUAAAAAUUUAUUAAAAGCGAUAUUAGAUAAAACAAAGAUAAAAGCUUAAAUUAAAUAAAACUUAAAUGUACUAUAUGCAUGUACUUAUAUCGUGCAUGUGACUUGCAUUUUUUUAUUUUUGAAAAGAUGUGACUUGCACUUUCAUCGACAAGUUAACCUAAUAUUUUUUUUAGAAAGUAAAUUCAUGUACUAUUAGACUAUUAACGGAAAUGUAGUUCAUGUAGCGAAUAAAUUAUAUUAAUGUAUUAUUCUUAUAUUUGAAUUUUUGAUAUUCAAAUAAGGACAUUUUAGCUAAUACGAAAAAAUCUUAACCGGGGUAAGCACUCAGAUAAAAUGAAUGAUCCCCAACCAAACAAUAAAUAUGGAGCCAAUAAUUAAAUACCAUUAAAAAAGACAACAAAUCUUGAAACAAAGCAAAUAAAGCCUCUCUACAGAAAAAGACCCACCCAUCCUUUCGUGCAGCCUCUCCUUUUUUUAAGCUUUCCAAAAGCCUUAAAUAUUCCUUCCCUGUCUCACACAUUAAGCCACAUUCUAAAUCCAACUCCAAAAAGAAAAGAGAAAACCUAUACUCUUCUGUAGUCUUAUUUUCUCAACAAUCAAACAAAAUACAAGAAAAUGGGGAAGAAAAUGAAGCUCCCAUUUCUGAACAAGAUCAUUUCAUAUUCAUCAUCUUCUUCCUCUUCAUGGCCAUCACCUUCUUGUCAUCAACAAAACCCUAAGAAAAUAUUUUUCAGAGCUUUCUUCACCGUUAACAAACCUAAAAAUGUCAACAAACCCGAGCCACCUUCACGCAGCUUCUCCUCCUCCUCUACCACCACCAACAUCAUGGAAAAGCCACGGGAGAUAGAGUGUAUAGAGAAUGUGAUUAGGGGACUAAAAUCAUCAAAAAGACUUAUCUUCGAACGUAGAGGAAGAUCAAACUCCAUACUCGAAGAAGUUACUAAGGAAGAAGAAGAAGAAGAUGCUCCUGAGGAAGAAGAUUCUAUAGAAGGCUUCAUGCUCUUGUCCGUAGAAUCAAACGACCCUUACUUGGAUUUCAAGAAAUCCAUGGAAAAGAUGGUUGAACUACACGCUCUUCAUCAUGAUUGGAGAAGGCUCGAGAAGCUUCUUUUCUUGUUAUUGAAAGUCAACGUUAAGACAAGCCACGAAUACAUCUGCGCCGCGUUUGUCGACUUGCUCUUAAACUUAGCAGUAGAAACUUCUAAAGACAUCGCCCAAGAACCUCGUCCUGUCCACGUCGAGGAAUCUCCAUCGUCGCCAUUAUCAUUCUACACGUCGUACUCGUCCUCAUAUGAUACCUCGUCGACGUCUGUCCGGGGAUUACCGGAUAAUUUGAUAGGUGAGAAUAGAAGGGACGUUGUUUGUUGUUUAUCGUCGUUGUUUGAGAUGGAGGAGAAGAUUAUAGACAAUAUUUAUUAGUGGUUAUGUUACUUCUUAAAUGUUGUUUACAUAAUUACAUACAUAAAUCAUAUGUCAUGUUUUAAAUUUAUAAUACUAGACACAACUCUAGUGAAGCAGUGGUAUAAAACGGAAAUUGAAGUCGAACCAAUUCAUU